AUGUCUGUAUUUCCUCCUGGAACGGCAUCUCUAUUAGAAGAAGUCGAUAAAAGGCUUCUUGUAGUUUUGAGAGAUGGUCGCACUCUUAUCGGAUUUCUUCGUAGUAUAGACCAAUUUGCUAAUCUUGUACUACACAGGACUAUAGAAAGAAUACAUGUUGGACAGGAGUACGGUGACAUACCAAAAGGAGUAUAUGUUAUAAGAGGCGAAAAUGUUGUCCUUUUGGGAGAAGUUACCCAAGAAAAGGAAAAUAAUUUACCUCUGAAGCGAGUUUCAAUUAAAGAAAUCAAAGAAGCGCAGCAGAAAGAGCAAGAAUCGAAACAAGAGCAUGAUAAACUACUGGCGAAAGCACUCAAAGAAAGAGGGCUAAAUUAUAUUCCAGACUUGAGCCAUGAUGAUAUGUUUUAA